AUGGCUGAUCAUGUUCUGUUUCUAGAUGUAGUUAAAAAGGGAUGGGAUGUGUCCUGUACAAGGGGUGGAGCCAUGUUCAAGGUGUGGACUAAGCUGAAAGCAGUAAAGCAAGGAUUGAAGGAGCUACAUCAUAAAGAUUUUGCUAAGCUUGAUGAGAGAAUUGAGGGGUUAAGGGCUGAUUUGGGUCAAAUUCAGAUUCAGUUAACUUCUUGCCCUACUGAUAGCAAUGUGCAACAAAGUGAGAGGGAUUGUAGUGAGACUCUUAAGAAGUUUUUGCAUAUUCAGGAAAGUGCAUAUAGACAGAAAGCAAGAAUUCAGUGGUUGCAAGUAGGAGAUUCUAACUCUAAGUUCUUUUUCAGUGCAAUGAAGGAGAGGAUAGCUAGGAAUAGCAUUGAUAUUUUGUAUGAUGAUUCUUUGAAGAAGCUUAGCACUACUCGGGAAAUUCAAGAAGAAGUUAGCUCUUUCUAUAAGAAGUUGAUUGGUACUGCAGCUAGCUCAUUGAUGGGUGUGGAUGUUGGAGUGGUUAGGAAUGGUAAGCAGCUUUCUGCUACUGAUGCAGAAAUUGAUGCAGCUAUCAAAGGUAUUGAUAUCAAUAAAGCCCCUGGGCUUGAUGGUUUCAAUAGUUUGUUCUUUCUUAAAGCUUGGGAGAUUGUGAAAGCUGAUGUUUAUGAAGCAGUAAGAGAGUUUUUUAGGACUGGGGUGAUGUUAAAGCAAGUGAACAACACUUCAGUUACUUUGGUUCCUAAGAUUCAGAAUGCCUCUUGUGUGAAGGAUUUUAGGCCAAUUGCUUGCUGCUCUGUUGUUUACAAAAUUAUCUCCAAAAUUCUACAGCUAGAAUGCAAGGUGUUAUUGGUACAGUUAAAACAUGUUUCUCCUAGGUGUAUGAUCAAGGUGGAUCUGAAAAAAUCCUAUGAUUCUUUAGAGUGGCCUUUCUUGAAAACCAUGCUGUCAGAACUAGGAUUCCCUAUGAAGUUUGUGAAUUGGGUGAUGCAGUGCCUCUAUUCUGUUUCUUAUUCCAUUCUGAUAAAUGGUUGUCCCACUAAACCAAUUCCUGCAAAGAAAGGGUUGAGACAAGGUGAUCCCAUUUCACCUUAUUUGUUUGCUUUGGGUAUGGAAUAUCUGUCAAGGUGUCUUGCUGCUCUUGCUGAAGAUACUAACUUCUCUUAUCACCCUAGAUGCAAAAAGUUGGAUCUCACCCAUAUGAUGUUUGCUGAUGAUUUGUUGAUGUUCUCCAGAGCUGAUGAGAGUGCUGUGAAAGCUCUUUUUGAUGCUUUUACCAAGUUUUCUUUGGCUUCUGGUUUGGAAGCUAAUUUGCACAAAAGUGAAGUUUAUUUGGCAGGUGUUUCUGAUCAUGUUGCUUCCAGUAUUGUUAGCUCAAUUGGGGUUCCUAAGGGAUCUUUCCCUUUCAGAUACUUGGGUGUCCCUCUUACAACUAGGAAGCUCUCCUUCACAGACUGCAAGCCUCUCAUUGAUAGAACUGUUGCUAGAAUCAAGAGCUGGACUUCUAAGUUCCUUUCCUAUGCAGAUUCUAGGAAAGCUUCUAUCUCUUGGGAGAAAUUGUGUUUCCCUAAGAGUUGUGGAGGGUGGAAUCUUAAGGAUCUAACUGUGUGGAAUAAAGCAGCUGUUUUGAAGCACUGUUGGGCUUUCGCUUUGAAGCAGGAUAGGCUUUGGGCAAAUGGAGUGGAUCAGUUUGUGCAAGCUGGUAAAUUCAGAAUUCAGAAAAUGUACAAGUUUCUUCAUCCAGUUGGAGCUCAGGUGGGAUGGAAGAGAUUGAUUUGUAAUAGCCAUGCUAGUCCAAAGAGCACCUUCAUUAUGUGGCUAGCAGUGCAGAACAGACUUGCUACUAAAGACAGAUUGAUAAGAUGGCAGCUGAAUAUUGAUGGUAUUUGUGGAGAUUUGGAAGCAGGUUCUGCUUUUUUAGGUGUGAAUAGAACUGUGUUGCCUUGGCAUGAGGAAGUUCAGAUUGCAGUGAAGAAAAGCAGAAGCACACAGAAGCAAGCUUGCAAGUAUAGUAUAGCUUUCAUUGAGUCUGUUUACUGUAUUUGGUUGCAAAGAAAUGCUAAGGUCUUUAGGGAUCAUGUUGAUCCAGUUAAGACUGUUGUUAGCAACAUUAUGUUUAAUGUUGAGUGUAGAUGUCAGUAG